AUGAAUGGGGUCGCUGGCACCAAACCAUACCAUCUGCCUGCAGUCGGGGGGGUCGCACACUCGGAUCAUGGAUACCUCUGCCCAGGCUCAACAGUCAACCUGGUGGAGAACAUGGAUAAGUUUGAGAUUGACACACAUUCAGCUGUGGCCUGGGCUUUUGCCAGACUGGACAAUUCCAAUGUACCUCAAUGGAGAGGUAAGAAGCUGAGAAAUCUCUUUUGUUUUUUUUCAGAGCUGGGUGCAAAGGGGAAAGUGAAAUUCAUUCUGAGCUCCAUGAUGAAGAUGCUGCUGCUGUUUAGCUUUCUCUACAUGUUUGUGUGCUCUCUCGAUGUCCUCAGUGCAGCUUUCCAACUUGCUGGAGGCAAGGUGGCUGGCGACAUUUUUAAAGACAACGCGAUCCUGUCUAAUCCAGUCGCCGGGCUCGUGGUGGGAAUUUUGGUCACUGUCUUAGUGCAAAGCUCAAGUACAUCGACCUCCAUCAUUGUCAGCAUGGUGUCGUCUGGACUACUGGGAGUGCGUUCUGCAAUUCCUAUCAUCAUGGGAUCUAAUAUUGGAACCUCAGUAACCAACACUAUUGUAGCCCUAAUGCAAGCUGGAGACAGAAAUGAAUUCAAACGGGCAUUCGCAGGUGCCACUGUCCAUGAUUGCUUCAACUGGCUUUCUGUGUUGGUGCUGCUGCCAAUUGAGGUAGCCAGUGGCUUCUUAUAUCGUCUCACUAAAGUUGUGGUGGGGAGCUUCAAAAUCCAGACAGGGAAGGACGCCCCAAACCUGCUUGGAAUCAUUACAGACCCAUUCACUGACCACAUUAUACAGCUUGAUAAAUCCGUCAUCACUGCAAUAGCGAUUGGGGAUGAAAGUUUUCGAAACAAGAGUCUCGUGAAGAUUUGGUGCAUCAAAAGGACUGUACAACUACAGGACAACAUCACCGUGGACAGUCUGGAGAAGUGUACAGCACUGGAAUCAUGCUGGCAAGACAAGAAUUCCACCUGGACUUUAGUCAACAGAACUUACGAAGAAAACUUUGAGAAAUGUAACCAUUUGUUUGUAAACUCCACUAUGUCUGAUCUAGUGGUGGGCCUGAUCCUAUUGGCUGGUUCGCUAGUGGUUCUUUGCACAUGCCUGGUCCUAAUAGUCAAGCUGCUGAAUGCUAUGCUGAGGGGACAAGUUGCUAAAGCCAUUAAAAACGUCAUUAACACUGAUUUUCCAUAUCCAUUUGGUUGGUUGGCAGGCUAUCUUGCCAUGAUGGUGGGAGCUGGCAUUACGUUCGUAGUCCAAAGCAGCUCAGUGUUUACUUCAGCCAUUACUCCCCUCAUUGGUAUUGGAGUGAUCAGUAUUGAACGUGCCUACCCUUUGACCCUGGGAUCCAACAUUGGCACUACCACUACUGCAGUCUUGGCAGCUUUGGCCAGCCCAGGUGACAUGUUACCAAGUGCCUUCCAGAUCGCCCUUUCCCAUUUCUUUUUCAACAUUGCUGGGAUUAUAUUGUGGUACCCACUCCCGAUCACCCGUUUCCCUAUACGCAUGGCAAAGACCCUGGGUGAACAAACUGCCAAGUACCGCUGGUUUGCUGUCUUAUACCUGAUCAUCUGCUUCCUUCUGCUCCCUUCACUGAUCUUUGGCCUCUCCAUGGCUGGUUGGCAGGUCCUUAUCGGAGUGGGUGCCCCCUUUGUGGGCAUCCUCGUCUUCAUAGGCAUCGUCAAUGUAUUGCAAACGCGCAGGCCCGGCUACCUGCCCAAGAAGCUCCAGUCCUGGGACUUCCUCCCCAUCUGGAUGCACUCCCUGAAGCCAAUGGAUCGGGUCAUAACCAACGCUGCCCUCUGCUGUACAGACCACUGCGUUUGUGCCGACAAAACAGAGAGCCAGGAGGGUGUGAGCUGCAGUGAGAAGUCUCCACAGCUGAAGAUGAAGGCUGCCUGCGACAGCCCCCCCAUCACCUACUCGGAGGAACCUUCGGUCGACGCCUCCUCUCCCAUUUUGAACAGGUUGCCCAUGCUGGACAUCACACAGCUGUAA